AUGAUCCUCACUCGCCUCACGAUGCUGGACCUGGUGGCGGCCUCUCGUGUCUCCAAAGCCUGGCGACACUCUGUCUCCACCUCCCUCCGCAUCUCUCCUCGUCUCAAACCCUGGUUCUUAGUCUACGCCCUUCACUACCGCAACCAUUCCUUAACUUCCGCCUUCGCAUUCGACCCUUCCUCUCACGUUUGGCUUCGAAUCCAAAACACCCACAACUUCCACUUCACCACCACCACCACCACCACCGGCGCACUCCGAUCCUCCGGCUCCCAAAACCUACUCUACACAAUCUCCACGACCGGAUUUUCCUUCUCCUCCGACCCCUUCCACCUGACUUGGCACCAUGUGAAGCCGCCACUUGUGUGGCGAGAAAACCCCAUCGUCGCACGACUCGGCUCCGGCGUACUCGUCGUCGGUGGCACCUGCGACUUCGACGACGACCCACUCACCGUCGAGGUGUACGACAUCGUCUCCGGGAGAUGGGACAAGUGUCAGUCCAUGCCUUUCUUGUUCCUGGACUCCGCCACCAGCAAUUGGAUCUCCACCGCCGUCACCGACAACAAACUCUACCUACUAGAGAAGCGCUCCCGUCUGUUCUGUUCCUUCGAUUCGGAGACCAAGAAAUGGGGAACCACCUUUCAUCUGAAACUGAUCUCCAACCCCAACUAUAUCAAUCCACCUGUGGCUGUGUUUGAGUCCACUAUCGGAUUUGUCGACGGCCGGCUGAUUCUGGUGGGGCUAAUGGGGGAAACAGAGGACUUUCGCGGCCUAGGGCUUUGGGAAGUGGAUCAAGACACCUGCGAGUGUAGACCGAUCGGGGAGAUGCCGCCGGAGAUGGUGGAGAAGCUGAGGAACGCGAACUCCCCGCUCUCGACGACGCGUGUUUCGAUAGAGGGUGGUUCCAUCUACAUCUACGAUCCUCGGAAUCCCGAGAAGAUAUUCUUCUGCGAAUUGAACGAGGGGAUCUGCAGAUGGGGAUACGCAGUGAAUCCCAUGGUGAACGAUCGGAACUUCAGGAUGCAGAGAUUCGUCUUCACGAGUUGCAGAGUCGGGAUGGGUGACCUUCACAAGGCUGUGGCGACCGAAAGCCGUACAUUCACGGUGGUGGAAUCCGACUGA